UACCGACCUAUGCCUGCGACGAACAGCGUUGAUGCACUCCGCAUUCCGUGCCUUGCUUGUUGAUUCGUGCAGGACAUCAAUGUUGUGCACCAACACGUGAUACCUUAGCACCAUCGGACAAACGCCAGUGACACAUUGACACCUACAACAAUGGCCUUGGCAGAGGCCGUCGCGGAAAGCUAGACUCGAACGCAGCCAUGAACCUUAGCAACACUUCUUCUCCUCCUUGCUUAGCGACCAUGCAGAGUCCGAAGGGCCGCUCGUUUUGCUCACUGUACUUGACUGUUCCAAGCGGGACGCAAGCAAUGGGAUAGCCUGUUAACCGUGGGUCAGUGGAUCAAAUUUACCGGCUGAAUGGGACGCAAUGCGAUGCGAAAUGCAUGUGGCGUGCGAAACAGGUACAGACAUACCUGCUGCGGCACUGUGCAUCACCAUUGGACUGUCAGCCAGGGCCACCAGGAUAUCAUUGUCUUGGAAGAUGUUGUCCAGCGCGCUCUUGCCACGUCUUCGAAGCUCUGGUAUCAUUUCGUCGACUAAAGCAGCAUCCCUUCUAUGGUUCAGAAGGUCGUACAGCUCAUCUUGGGCCGGAUGGCUUGAGGGCAAGCACUGGUCUUUGUUGGCUUCGUUGUACGCGAUGAUAUCCUCCAGAGACCGGAUUGCGCUGUCGACGAACUCGUCGAUGAAUGCUUGCAGGAACCUCGUUUGUAGUUGGUAUACUGGCAACGUAUGUCAGCACCGCUUGGACGGUUCUUGCUCGGUCUCGACGGACAGGCUACUUCGUAGAAGAUCGACUUAUCCUGAACUUGAAAGAGCUUUCCAUCUGUCGAUAGCUCUACGCGCUCAUGGACUACUGCUCCCAGCUCUUUGACAGUUUCGAUGGCAUGAAAGUAUU